CUGCUUUCGUCUCGUCUAGUCGUCUUCCCCGCACUCCACUCACUUGAGAGCAGAGCGGAGCGGGCGGGCGGGCGAGCGAGCAACCAACCACUCGUCCGAGUCGUCGCCGUCCCCGUCUCUCCCCCCACGCCGUUACCGCCGAGCGCCAUGGAGAGCGGCCACAAGAGCGGAGGCGGAGGGGCAGCCGGAGGGGACGGGGUCCUGUGCCACGCCUGCGGGUACCAGUACCCGAACGGGCACCCCAGCGCCAAGCAACGGCGCGCGCACCGCAAGCACUGCGGCAAGCCCGCGUCCGCCGCCGCCACCGACGCGGCGGCGGAGGGCGCCGGGGAGCACGAGGGCGGCGAGUCCCUUCCAGGUGGAGUAAUUGGUGGAGUAGGGGAGGGGAUUGGAGCGAGCGCGGCGGAAUGUGGCGGCGGUUUGCCCGGAUCUGCGCCGGAGGCUGCGAGCGCAGUGGAUGGAGGGGACAGCGCAGAGCAAUCUUCUGGAAAUGGUACUGGGCAUCAAGUCAUCGGAGAUGAAAGCGCCGAAGAUCACCUCAUCAGUAGCAGUAAUAUUCCUUCUGAAAUCACUUCUGAGGCCAGCAAGAUGGAUGAUGAUAACCUGACUACAGUGGAUACACAGUACUCUGAAAAAGAAACACCUAUUGAGGAUGGGGAUCCAUCUGAUCCAGCAGUUGGUUCUGAGCAGCUGAAGGACAUUCCCACUUCUAUUCUUUUGUCAGAGCCUGAAGAUGGUGCAAAAUGCACUUCAGAAAUCUCUGAACAUGGAAAACAGAACUCACUCUCUGAAUAUGAAACACAGAACUCGACUGCUGUGCCUUUGGAAUCAAAUGCAACUGGAGGUGGAACUUCUGAACAGAUGGAUGAUGUAGCCAGCCAAGUGGAUGGGACUGCUGUGAUUGAGGAAGAUGAUACGAUCAACACCAUUGGCAAAAAUAAAUUUAGUGAGGACAAAUCUAUAGAUGGUGAUGACUUUGAUCUCUCCUGUCAAGAAAAUCUGCAAACUAAGAUUGGUGAGGAGCACAGUAACACUGGAGUGGUAGAAGAAUCAUCUGACAAGAAUCUCAAUGCAAUUCACAACAAAGAAAUCCCGAGCGAUGAAGCUGAAUCAAAUCAGCAAAACAAGCUUAUGAUAACUGACUCAUUUGAGAACAUUGCUAACAUUGAUGUGCCCGUUGAGUCUUCUACAGAGAAAUCUGUUGGUACAGAGGAUGACAUGCUUAAACUUGGUACGGUUGGUUCCUACUCGGAGACACCCGAUGUCAAACCUCAGCAACAACCCGACUCUACCUCUGAAACAGAAGGUCAUCUGGCAGUCUCUGAAGGAGCAGAUAAUGUUGAUGAACAGCACUAUCCUAUUUCUGGUGGUACAGCUAACGUUACAGAGAAUAUCUGUUCAUCUGGUGUGACAAUGGAUGGCAGCAUGCAGCAAAAUGUGACUGCUGGUACUGUUGUGACAUCUCAAGUUGACAUAGUGGAGUUGAGUACUCCCGCCAUGCCACAUGAAAUCAACAUGGUUGCUAGGACAAAUAAUGUUGAUGAAAAUAGGCAGAAUGAGAAAGAUGGUACAGACCUUACUUCAUAUGGAGGUAAUGAGCUACAUAUCGUAGAAAACUUUGAAGAAAAGCAGGAGAACAAAGAGGUCAUUGUAGAUCCCAUUCCUCAUGAAGCCAACACAGCUUCCAGUGUGGUACAAAGCAUGUCUAGUGCUGAAGAAAAGGAACAGAUUGAAGAGUUCAUUGCGAAUCUUGCUCCUGAAGUGACCAGUGUGACAAGUAGCAGAGACAUAGUUGAAGAAAAGCAGGGUGAGAUUGAUGUAAAAACAAGUGGUGAGAUAGAUGGUGCACGCAGCAUGGAAACUGCUGGAGAAAACAAUGAUGCUACCUGGGAGAUUAAUGCAGGAACCAGCACAGAUGAUGUUGAAGACAAAGUGCAGAAUGAAGAAUUCACUACAGGCCCCAUUUCUGAUGGUAUCAACAUGAUAUGCAGCAGUACUAAUGAGGGAAAGAUGCAUAAGGAAGAAGUGACCGAGAGCCUUGGUUGUCAUGAGAAUAUCGUGGUGCGUGGCACAGAUGAUGUUGAAGAAAAGACGAUUGAAGAGACUAUGGCAGAUGCUACAUCUAGCAAGUUUAGUUUGGUUACACCUACUGACAGUGUUGAAGAGAGGAAGGACGAAGAAACAACUGCAGACCCUACUUUGCUUGAGAGAAGUGCAGAGCACACCAUAGAUAAUAUUGACGAAAGGAAGAAUGAAGAACCUGUUUUGGAUCCUACUACUACCACAGCCACCAUACGCAGUAUAGGUGAUGUUGAAGGAAAGAAACAGAAUGAAGAAACUACAGCAGAUCCUAGUUCUGGUGAAUGCAACGGGCUUCCAGGCACAGACAAUGCAGAAGCAGAAAACAAGAAGGAAAAGGGAGACAUUGCCACCACAGGCCCUGCUACCACAAAUGUCGUCAAAGAAAUAGGAGAAACUGAAGAUAUGUCCUCAAAGGAGAUCAGCACCAUUGAAAGCACGGAUGACCUCAAGAGAGCUGCUGAUCAGAACGAAGAGAUUGCCGACAAGGAAAUGGUCAUGGACUCAGACAAGAACCAUGUCUCGUUGAAGGUUCUCCUCGCCGACAAGAACGUGGAAACCAAGGAUAAGGAGAAGAAGACAAGCACCAAGGAACGGGUACUGUCGUUCAGGCGGCGUACGUCAAAAGACAAUGUGUCACCGGUGAAGCCUGGUUCGCCCAAGGUCGGUUCGGGACAGCAAGACUGGAACUCCCCUGCCAGGUUGCCUGUCGAGAAGAAGCCCAAGGGAAGGAAACAGCAGUGGGUGCCGUUUAUUUGCUGCUCGUCUGUACAAUAGUUGUGCUCCAUUUGUUUGCUGAAUCAUCAGCUAGGGACUUGUCCAUACGCUGGUGAUAACUCGAUUGAAUAGUCAUCUCAGGACCUUCGCUGCAAGACAUGUUUGGAUCUUGCUACUUGGAUUGCGAACUCGGUUUGCCGUUUGUAUGUUAUAUGUUGGUGUAAAUUAACUAGACAUGUCCAGAAUGGCAGAAUAGUAUUUCAAGUUUAACCUGCAAA